ACAACAGCAUUUGGAAGCCAUUCUCGAGUCCCACCAUCAAACCACCCUCUCUUUUUUUUUUUUAAAUACAUUCCUUGCAUGCACAAUCUCUCCCCACCACCACGUGCUCUCUCUCUCUCUCUCACUCUCUCUCUGUCUUUCCCCUUCUAAAACCAUUCCAAACAAGAGAGAGAGGGGGGAGAGAAAUCAAGAAAGAGAGGGGAGAGGUAGAGGGAGAGCACUAAAAACACAGAGAUGCAUGACGACACGUCGUAGGAAAGAACUAGUAAUCAAAACGACGAAGAUCCAAAUCGAAUUACUAUUGCAAUUCUACUAAAUGCACGCAUACAAUAGAAUACCUAGCAGCGGCCACACAACACCCUCACCGCCUCAAUCGCCGCUCCGUUCACCUAGGUACCGUCACGGAAGUGGAGGAGGAGGCCGGUCCAAGUCUGGCCGGUUCACCCCUUCCUCCUACCCGCCAGGAAGGUCCCUCGCACACCGCCUCGCUUGGUUCCUCCUCUCUGCCCUCCUCCGCCGCCAGGGGAUUUUCCUUUUCGCUCCUCUCAUUUAUAUUUCUGGUAUGCUUUUGUACAUGGGAACGGUGUCGUUCGAUGUUGGCCCUGUAAUUGACCAUAAGCCUGCUCCUGGUUCGGUUUAUCGGAGCCCUCAGAUUUAUGAGAAGCUUCGACCGGAAAUGGAUGCCGAUAAUUCUUCAGCUGAUGCGCUAUCAACUGUAUGGAAAAACUCGUAUAGAAGUGGUGAGUGGAGACAGUGCAUAAAGAAGUCUUCUGAAGGCUUACCUGAAUCAAAUGGUUACAUCUAUGUCGAGGCAAAUGGUGGUCUGAAUCAGCAGAGAACUUCGAUAUGCAAUGCGGUUGCUGUGGCGGGCUUUCUUAAUGCAACUCUCCUCAUUCCUAACUUUCAUUAUCAUAGCAUCUGGAGAGAUCCUAGCAAAUUCGAAGACAUAUAUGAUGAGGACUAUUUUAUCAGUACAUUGGAAAAUGUAGUAAGGGUGGUUGAUAAGAUUCCUGAAUAUCUUAUGGAGCGUUAUGAUAACAACAUGACUAAUGUCCAGAACUUCAGAGUAAAAGCAUGGGCACCUGUUCAGUAUUACAGGGAUGUUGUCCUUCCAAAGCUAUUAGAAGAAAGGGUCAUAAGGAUUUCUCCUUUUGCAAAUCGCUUAUCAUUUGACGUUCCUCCAGCUGUCCAACGGCUUAGAUGUUUGGCAAAUUAUGAAGCUUUAAGGUUCUCAAAUCCCAUAUUAACUAUGGGAGAAACAUUGGUAGCAAGAAUGAAAGAACGCAGCGCAAGCCAUGGUGGAAAGUAUGUUUCUAUUCAUCUUCGCUUUGAAGAGGACAUGGUUGCUUUCUCUUGCUGUGUAUUUGAUGGUGGAGAGCAAGAAGCUAUAGACAUGAAGGAAGCGAGGGAAAGGGGUUGGAAAGGAAAAUUUACAAAGCCUGGUCGGACUAUACGUCCUGGGGCAAUUAGGCUCAAUGGGAAGUGUCCUCUUACUCCUUUAGAGGUUGGAUUGAUGCUUAGGGGCAUGGGUUUUGAUAAAAACACGCAUAUCUAUUUGGCCUCUGGAAAGAUUUACAAUUCUGAAAAAUACAUGGCCCCGCUGUUGGAAAUGUUUCCAAAUCUGUUAACUAAAGACAUGCUGGCAUUGGAUGAGGAACUUGAUCCAUUCAAGAAUUAUUCUUCCAGGAUGGCUGCAAUAGACUACACUGUGUGUCUUCACAGUGAGGUAUUUGUGACAACUCAGGGUGGCAACUUCCCCCAUUUUUUGAUGGGUCAUAGAAGAUUCUUGUAUGGUGGACACUCGAAGACAAUCAGGCCAGACAAGCGAAAGUUAGCAUUGCUCUUUGAUAAUCCGAAAAUCGGAUGGAAGAGCUUCAAGCGACACAUGAUGAAUAUGCGGUCUCACAGCGAUUCUAAAGGAUUUGAACUCAAAAGGCCAAAUGACUCCGUAUAUUCCUAUCCAUGCCCAGAUUGCAUGUGCCGUGUGAACAGAACAGAAGAUUCAAGAUCAUCUUCAGUUACGUGACCUCGGAAUAGAUUUUGAUUGUUGCCUACGGUUAUUUUUGUGGACACAUCUUGCUGAUGACUCCAAUUUUUUCAUCUCGCGAUUCUUUCAUUUUUUCCCCUUCCUGCAUGGUGGGAGGGCUUACACUUCAAUUUUGGGAGCUUCAAGGAUUUAAUGGAGUUCGCAUUCAUCAGAUUAUUUCCCGGGACUUGAAAUGGGGAAGCUGCAACUUUUUGUACAUGAUGCCAGAGGACGCAGACUACAUUUUACCCCGGGUAUUAACUGAGCAUUGUUAUCAUACAUACUGCUACAGCUGCUGUAUCUAACAAGCUGUACAAUGGCUAGUCAGAUUCUUUUGUACCCUGGUUUUCUCGUUGCUUGUAAAUUAGUUGGAAGUUUGAUAGACGUGCAAGACCCUAGAAAAAGGACACGAAUUGUGUACCUUUGUGAAAAUUCAGGGUAUCAUUUUUUUCGUA